AUGUUGCAGUCGGCAUUGCUGCUGGCAGUGCCCGCUGCCGGUGUUGCCCGUGGCCGCUCCGGCUUUCUCGAAGGAGAGUCAGAGGUGGGAGGGGCGCCGCAGCCUCAGAGCGACAUGCGCUUUUUGCCUUGUGGCCGCAAGCUGUGCGAGCUUUGGUCUCGAGGAGCUGAGGGCCGAAGGCAGCGCCAGCGGCUGCAGCGGCAUUUGGCCGCCGAGAGCCGCCGCUCGGCGGCCGAGGCCACGGCCCGCGAGGGCCUGGAGCUCGCGCUCCACGGGGAGCUGACGCAGCUGCGCCAGCGGCUCCUAAGCUCCCAGCGCCGGGUCUGGUCCGCGGCCUCGCCAGAGGAGCUCCAGCUGCAGGUGGUGUUAAGCCGAUGGCCUCAGGGCAGCGCGUUCUUGCAGGCGGCGGAGGCAAAGUCCCUCACCUCCAUAGGUAUGGUCCUGACGGGUGUGCAGAACCUUUACAACACCUUCAAAGAUGAUUGGAGCGAGCUGCAAGACAGCCUCGAACAGCUUCGCAAGGAGUUGGCGAGUCAAAGCCUUCAGAUGGUGGUGAACUUGGAAAUUGUGCUGAAGCAGGCGGCGGUUCUGCUUGGGCUGUUGCAGGGCCUCCCGAACUUUGCGAGCUGCCUUCAGGAGGCCCUCAGUGACAAGCGAGAGUCGAAAGAUGUCCUGGUGCGGGCUUCUACGUUUGCAGGAGAAUCUUUUGACGCCGAAGGACUCCUUGGCAUCAAGCUGAGAAGUCUCCUGGCGGAGGCCAGGGACAUGAGGAAGAUCGUGGAGGACAGCGAGCUCUCGCAGGAGACGCCCUUGGACUGGUGCCUGGGGAUUCGAGGCUCCUGGGUGAUCAACGGCCCGGACCCCUGCGAGCUCCUCGUCCGAUCCUUCGACAGCCUGGAAGGUUGGUUGUCGGAGUGGCUGGAGAGUGGACGGCCUCAGGAGGUCUUCCGUGAACUUCAGAUCAGGCAGUUCGCCACUGCCCCCAACAUCAGCCGCAUUGAAGAACUCAGUCAGCUCCUCCAUCGCACCGCUGAGCUUUGCACCGACAGCGCUGUUUGCGCUUCAACUCCGGAUGCUGAGCUUCUCGAAACCCUUCAGGCGGUAGCACAUUUGGACGAGAAGGAGGUGGAGAAGGAGCACGGCCUUCUUGCGGAGGCCGUUGUCACCCAAUUCGGCCCGUCUGAAGGCUUGCAUGCCAUCGAUGCAGAAGCGGAGCUCGCUAGGCCAGGGCUGCUUGGGUUGGUGCGGCGUGCGAUCUCUGCUCAGUGGGUCUUCGAGAUGGGUUUGUUGGCUGUGGCGAGCUGGGGAGAUCGCCUGAAGCGCCGGGGGAACGGCCUGCAGAACCGCCUCGCGCUGGUCAAGAGCUCUUUGGAGGACCUCCACUCCCAGCUGCGCGGCUUGGCAUCCUUCCGGCGCCUGGCCUUCGAGGAGAUCCACUCGGCUGGCUGGUGGGGAAGGUCCGGCUCGGGCUCUUCCAAAGAGCACACGGCCCAGAUCGCGGCCCGGCUGGUGCAGUUCUUGGCCCACGUUCAGCCAGGCGGCGCGGGCUCGCUUCUGGACGUUGGCUGUGGCUGGGGAGAGUGGGUGCCGGAGGCCCUGGAGGCCGGUUUGGCCUCCGGGGCGCUCCGCAGGGGCCACUUCCGCUACCUGGGCCUGGACAUCGCCUUCCAACCCAUCGAGCACCUGCGCCGGAAGCACCGCGACAGUGAGCUUCGCUUCGAGGUGGCGGACGGCGUGGAG